AUGACCCUCUUCCCGUCCCAUCACAACCACGAGCAUCGGUCAGCCCACGUAAACCGCCCAUACAAACAGGUCCUCCUGACAUCCAAGUCCAUCCGCCACAACCCAGCCGCAACCUCUCCCAACCACAUAACAACCCGUACAGGCAAAUCCUACACCCAGCAGCUCUCCGCCGCAGAGAAGUUCUUCUCCUCCCCGUGCAAAUUCCUCUACUCCGCCGAAGCCCUUCGCCACCACUCCGCGAACAACGUCACACCCGAAAUCGUCGUCCUGGGUUCAUCCAAUGUCGGAAAAUCCACCUUUCUCAACGCCCUCGUCGGCCAGUCCAAAGCCGCGCGGGUGAGCCAAAAACCGGGCAGAACGACGUUAAUGAACGCCUACGGCGUGGGACCGCUGCCUAAAAUCCCAAGAGACCUGGUGCCCAAGGGCAUGCCGCCUCCCAGACAUAGUUUAGUAGUCGUCGAUACGCCUGGAUACGGCUUCAAAAGCCAGGCUAGUUGGGGCGAUGCCAUCAUGAAGUAUCUCCAGGCGAGGAGGAUGUUGCGCGGGGCCGUUGUUUUGCUGUCCUCUGAGAAGAGGUUGUUACCCGAGGACAGGUGGAUGUUGAGGACCCUGGCCGAGGCAAACACGCGCACAGUUGUUGUUUUGACAAAGGCGGACAAGGCAAGGAACGCAUGGGUUGAGACAUGUAGUCUGCUUGCGGACGUGGUACAGCAGGAAGUUGAUCGCCUCCAUAAAGAGUUUGGCGGCAAGUGGAAAGAUGAAGAGGGUGCAGCAUCACGGAUAUAUAUUACCGCUGCGGGCAUGGAAAGCCCCGGCAGGUUGAAGAAUGGGGGAGGACUCGGUGGUGUGAGAACCGCAAUUUUGGAAAUGGCCGGCUUCACGUUACAGGAAACUGUGACGAAAAAGGCCGAUACUGUGGCCUAUACUGGGCCUGUUGUAUCAUUCGACGACAUUGAAUGGAGGACGUAG